UGAGGAGAGUUAAGCAAAAAAAGAAGCUAAGGUUCUGAGAAAUGCUCAGUGUGUGUCUAGCACACCACCAGAGCACUUGCACUGAAGAGGACAAGGGCCCAGAGCACCAGCGUCUGAGCGCAGAGAUUGAGCGGCCGCAGGGAGACCUGUUGUAGAAACUGUACAUCAUGAAUGAAAAAGUGGGCCCAAAGAAGUGGAAAUCUGAGAAUCUUCCCGGAGGCCAGUGGAAUCUCCCAAAGCUGUGGCUCUUGACAGUCGUUUGUUUCGAGUUCCUGGCUUGGCAUGGGGUUGACUGCUGGACUUACCAUUAUUCUGCCAAAACCCUACCAUGGGAGAACGCGAGGCGGUUCUGUCGGAAGUACUACACAGAUCUGGUGGCUAUUCAGAACAAGGGAGAGAUUGCGUACCUGGAAAAAACCAUCCCCCACAGCAAGAGCUACUAUUGGAUAGGCAUCCGGAAGAUUGGCGGGGCCUGGACCUGGGUGGGGACCAACAAAUCUCUCUCCAAGGAAGCGGAAAACUGGGGUGACGGGGAGCCCAAUAACAAGAAAACCAAAGAGGAUUGUGUGGAGAUCUACAUCAACAGAACCACCGAUUCGGGCAAAUGGAACGAUGAUUCCUGUCAAAAACCGAAGAGAGCUCUGUGCUAUACUGCCUCUUGUCGAGCUUUGACCUGCAGUGGCCACGGGGAAUGUGUGGAAGUCAUUAAUAAUUACACCUGCAACUGCAACCCCGGGUUCUUCGGGCCACAGUGUCAAUACGUGGUUCAGUGCGAGCCUCCCCUAGUCCCGAUGCUGGGCGCCAUGAACUGCAGCCACCCGCUGGGGAACUUCAGCUUCAGGUCGGAAUGUGCCUUCUCCUGCCUAGCGGGAACCGUCCUGACAGGAAGCGAAGUGACUACUUGUGGAGCAACUGGAAACUGGUCCACCCCGACCCCGACAUGUGAAGGUAUGCCUGCUACAACUCUGGUCCCUCAGGAAACGGCUCUCUAUCUUACAAGCUCUGCCACUUAUUCGCCGCAGCCCAGAGGCAGCACGGCAUCUCUCUUGGGAGGCACAACCAAUGUCACGAACGACUUCAUUCUAGAUCUCGCAAACGGGAUGCACUGCGAUGAAGUAAGGGCCCCAGAGCGGGGCUCCGUGAACUGUUUACACGCCCUGGGAAACUUCAGCAUCCACACCAAGUGCACGUUCAACUGCUCGGAUCCCAGCACUUUAGUGGGUGCCAGUGUGAUCUUCUGCGGGGAGCUGGGGCGAUGGACGGCCCCCGCCCCGACUUGCGAAGCUUUGAAUUUGGUUCUUUCGAGCAUUAAGCGGGGUGAAUACCAACCCAUCUUAAUUCCACUGGGAGUUACGGUUGGAGCAGUAUCUGGAUUGGCAUUUACCAUCUGGCUGGUAAAGCGACUAAAGAAAGGCAAGAAGUCAAAAAGAAGGGAGGACGCGUAUUAAAUCACCGCCGAGGAGAGAAGAUCCCGCCAGCACCAAAGAGCCGCCCGCGGGGAGACCAGGACGGCGUUGACGUUACUGCCCUCACCUCUGGAGUUCGACUGCCGGGGAUGGGGUGAACCGGGCCUGGGCAGUCGUUCCUUCCGCCAAGGGGUCCCGCGCUUAGCCUGCCCCCCCGGGUUGCCACCGAUGCCAUCGCCCACAGAGCCCUUCGCUGUCUGUAGCCUCUGCCGCUGAACCCGUAUCAUAGCCGUAAAGAAAACUCGCCUGACUUCUCAGGGGAAACGAGAAUGUUAAAACAUAAAGAUGCCUGACUGUUC